UACCGAAUUCAGAAAUAUAACACGACAACCACGUGCCCGCUGGGAGAGAAAAAGCAAAGCUUGUGGUUUCUCACCCACCCCUCUGUCUGUCUGUCUCUCUCUCUCUCUCUCUCUCUCUCUCUCUCAGGACUCGAUCUUCGGCUAGGGUUUCAUGCCCUCUCUUUCUUUCAUCACUCAGGUGUGUUUCACUAUGUAAACUGAAAGGAAAGACAACAAAUUCUUAUGAGUGAAUUGUACUGAGAUAUUUUCGUUGAAAUGGAGGACGACAACGGGCUUGAGCUUAGCUUGGGUCUAUCUUUGUGCCGAUCAUCUGCCAAGUCUAAGGAUAAAAGUGAUAACUCUUCAGACACUAGAACUGAUGAAGGUGACAGGAGCAACAAAUUGAUCAAUGACUUCAAAAACUUUCUUGAAGGUGGGACUAGGAAACAAGAAUCUAGCACGGGGUCUCAGAGAAGUGAUCCUGCAAGACCUGAUGACAACUUCUCUAAUAACUUUUCCAACUCUGCUGCUGAUAUUGUUGCUUCUAGAAACUUUAAUGGAAAGGGACUUUGGGUUCCAAAUGACAAGAGGGGUAUUGAAAUGGAAGAGGAGAAGAGGGUGGAGGCUGGUAACAAACGGAAAAGUUUGUUUGAUGAGAUCAAUCAGAAGAAGCGUGAGAGAGAAUCUCAUAACUCCGAUUUACAUGACAAGUGCAGACAGUCGCACAUUUCCAUAAACACAGAUGAUGGAUCAACUGCUGAUAAUGAAGAUGUAGCAGAUUCCGAAGUUGUGCGGUCAACCUCAAGGCUGGUUUCUCGCCAUGACAAUGGUGCAAAAAAAUACAUCAGGGAUGCCGGUCAUUCUGACAUCUCAAAAGAGGUUCACACAGUUAUUGACUCAAGUGUGGGGGACUUACAAGGGCAAAAGAGGUUUACCAUUUCAUCUGAGAAGGAAGUUAAGCUUGGGAACAUGCCUUAUGGUGUUCCCUUUCCUGCUCAGUCAGUAAAUAUCAUGAAUAUGCCUUAUCCAUUACCAGUGAAAGAUUCUAGUUCUGUUGGGGUAAUUGGUACAGCUGGCUACCCACUACCUGGGAUGGUGCAAGUAAUGGCUGCUGCAAAUAGUGAACGACCUGGGACUCAAACCUUGAUGCCUGGAAAUGUACCGGCAAUGUUUGGCUAUUCUCCUAUCCAGCUUCCAGUGUUGGACAAUGAUAAUUCCCGGGGUUUGGCUUCUCAUCCUCAACAGAUUCACCCAUCCUAUGCUGGAAGGGUUCCUCCAAACUCUGAUAAACAAAAUGAAGGCUUGAAGAUUUCUCAAGCUAUGAUGCCAUUAAUUCUGCAAAAGACAUCUGAAGCUUUACAGUAUAACGGGACAGCAGUUGAACAGGCCAAAGGAGACGGCAAACAGCAUGCUGCUGAUGGAGGCUCUUCGUCUCAGACAGAAGAUGGGUUGAAGAGAAGCAACAUACCCUUUGGGCUAAAAGAUGAAUCUGAUAAACCAAGACCUGAAGGUUUCCCAUCCGAGUUUUCUGCUAUCAGGCCAGGUAUUGCCGCAGACGUGAAAUUUGGGGGGUGUGGUUCGCGCCCAGACCUACCAUGGGUGUCGACCAAGGGGCCGGGUCCAAAUGGGAAAACUAUUUCUGGUGUCACUUACAAAUACAGCGCGACUCAAAUCAAGAUCGUGUGCGCUUGCCAUAGUUUGCACAUGACCCCAGAAGAGUUUGUUCGGCAUGCCAGUGAGCAACCGAAUCCAGAUUCUGGUUCUGGUUUAGCUUCUUUGCCCAGUAACAACCCUGCUACCUCAGCUAAAAGCUGAUUCCUUGUAGCUUUUAUGUUGGAGUAGGCUAAUAACUAAGCCCUGACACCUUAUGAAAUUGGGUAUGGCUUGCCUUGCUAUGUACAUGCUUCUUUUAGCUAUUUGAGUUUUGCAUUGUUCAGUUGUUUAGCUAGCAAGUGUAUGUAUUAGAUUUCUGUCAAUUAUUGCUUUGUUCAAGCAUGAUUGUUUUUACCCAAAAUGAAACUGAUUGCCAUUAGAUGGUUGGAAUCAGAUGUAAUCUUUUGAAACAUAAUCUGAUUGUAUGUAUAUAUGCCUUUGAUUAAAUGCCACACCAAAAUUUUCA